UAUUGAAUAGAGGAAGAAACAAAGAGUUUUUGAACAUUUUAGUGCAACAAUGGGCUACGUAAACCUUGUAUUUUUUAUGCUAUUUCCCUUCCUCUGCCAUCUUUCUUUCUCCUCAUCCUUACCUCAUUUGUGCACCAAAGAUCAAGCUCUUGCUCUUCUACAAUUCAAGCACAUGUUUACAAUAAAUCAUGAUGCUUUUGAUCGUUGUUUCCACAUAACAGGCCAAUCGAUUCAGUCAUAUCCAAAAACUCUUUCGUGGAACAAGAGCACAGAUUGUUGCUCUUGGGAUGGAGUUUAUUGUGACGAGACGACAGGACAAGUGAUUGAGCUUAACCUCACUUGCAGCAAACUUCAAGGCAAGUUUCACUCCAACAGUAGUGUCUUUCAACUCUCCAAUCUCAAAAGGAUUGAUUUGUCUAAUAAUAACUUCUCUGGAUCGUACAUUUCGCCAAAAUUUGGUGAGUUUUCUAGUUUGACGCAUCUUGAUUUGUCGGAUUCAAGAUUUGCAGGUCUAAUCCCAGCAGAAAUCUCUCGUCUUUCUAAAUUACAAUUUCUUAGUAUCAAGAGUGAUCCAUAUGAGAUUAGAUUCGAACCUCACAAUUUUGAACUGAUCCUUAAGAACUUGACCCGAUUAAGAGAGCUCUACCUUGUCUAUGUGAACAUCUCUUCCACCAUUCCUCUAAAUUUAUCUUCUUAUUUAACUACUCUAUGGCUUCCAUUUACACAGUUAUACGGGGUAUUGACCGAAAGAGUUUUCCACCUUUCCAACUUGGAAUCUCUUGAUUUAUCAGACAAUCCCCAGCUCACUGUUAGGUUUCCCACAACCAAAUGGAAUAGCAGUGCAUCACUUGUGAAGUUAGAUCUCAGUGGUGUGAAUGCUACUGGUAGGAUACCUGAAUCAUUUGGUCAUCUAACUACAAUGCGUACAUUAGAGUUGUAUUCUUGUAGUCUCUCAGGGUCUAUUCCUAAAUCUCUAUGGAAUCUCACCAACAUAGAGGAUUUGAACCUUGGUUAUAACCAUCUUGAAGGACCCAUUUCUGAUCUCUUUAGAUUUGGAAAACUCAGGUCGUUGUCACUUGUAAAUAACAACUUGGAUGGCCAACUUGAGUUCUUAUCCUUUAACAGAAGCUUGACGCAAUUUGAGUACUUAGAUUUUUCAUUAAAUUCCCUAACAGGUCCAAUUCCUUCUAAUGUAAGCGGAAUGCAAAACCUACAAUUUCUCUACUUGUCAUCAAACCACUUGAAUGAGACUAUACCAUCAUGGAUAUUCUCCCUCCCUUCACUAUAUGAUUUAGACUUGAGUGAUAACCAUUUCAGUGGAAACAUUCAGGAGUUCAAGUCUAAAAUAUUGGAUAUUGUUUCUCUAAAACAAAAUCAGCUGCAAGGUCCUAUUCCAAAGACACUCCUAAACCAGCGUGAUCUAUAUUCUCUUGUCCUUUCGCACAAUAAUCUCAGUGGACUGAUCGCUUCAACCAUCUGCAAUCUGAAAACACUAGAAGUGCUAGAUUUGGGCAGUAAUAAUUUGGAGGGAACAAUCCCACUAUGUUUGGGUGAGUUGACUAGACUUCUGAUUUUGGAUUUUAGUAACAAUAGUCUUAGCGGGACAAUUAAUACAACUUUUAGUAUAGGAAACCAACUAAUAGUCAUUAAAUUUGACGGGAAUAAGCUAGAGGGGAAAGUUCCGCAAUCUUUGAUCAAUUGCAAAUAUUUGGAACUUCUUGAUUUAGGUAACAAUGAGUUGAAUGACACAUUUCCUAAAUGGUUGAGAGCUCUACAGAAUCUGAAGAUUCUAAGACUGAGAUCAAAUAAGUUCGUUGGCUCUAUAAAAGAUUCAUCAACUUACAAGUUUGCUCAAAUUCGAAUCAUAGAUCUCUCAUCCAAUGGAUUUACUGGAGAUUUACCAGUGGGCCUUUUUGAGAAUUUUGAAGCUAUGAAAAUAAAUGGUGAGAAAAGUGGAACCCGAGAGUAUGUAGCAGAUAUUUAUUACACAAAUUCCUUUAUAGUGGUUUCUCUAAAACAAAAUCAGCUGCAAGGUCCUAUUCCAAAGUCACUCCUAAACCAGCAGCGCCUACAAUUUCUUGUCUUUUCACGAAAUAAUCUCAGUGGACAGAUUGAUUCAACUGUCUGUAAUCUGACAUCACUACAAGUGCUAAAUUUGGGGAGCAAUAAUUUGGAGGGAACAAUCCCACUAUGUUUUGGUGAGAUGAGUGAACUUCAGGCUUUGGAUUUAAGCAACAAUAGUCUUAGCGGGGCAAUUAAUACUACUUUUAGUAUAGGAAACCAACUUGCAUCCCUCAAAUCACUUGAAGUCUUAAAUCUCUCUCACAAUCAUCUUGUUGGAUGCAUCCCCAAAGGAAAACAAUUUGAUACGUUUGAGAAUAGUUCAUACCAAGGGAAUGAUGGGUUACGUGGAUUGCCACUCUCAAAAGAUUGUGGCGGUGAUGAAGGGGUAGCACAAACGACGAAUCCAGUUGAGCUAGAUAAAGAAGAAGGAGGAGAUUCAUCAAUGAUCAGUUGGCAGGCGGUUCUCAUGGGCUACGGUUGUGGACUUGUUAUUGGACUGUCCAUAAUAUACAUAAUGCUGUCAACUCAAUAUCCAACAUGGUUUUCGAGGAUGGAUGUAGAAUUGGAACACAAAAUUCUUACAAGAAUGAAAAAGCACAAGAAAAGACAUUAGUAUGUAACCUCCAGGAUUCAAGUCCACUGCAUUGCUGGGGUGAGAAUAAAAGCUUUUAAUUUCAUAGUUUGUGAUGUUUCGUAAAGUGUUUGUUACAUUUUAUAUGUUCCAGUUUUCUUCUGUUGUGACUCAACAAAUUCAAUUGCAAGGAAAAACAAUAGAAUUUCAUAGAA